UCUCUCUCCUCCUUUCUACAGGUGGUACUCCCUACCUUUAUCCUGGAGAAGCGUUCCCUCCUAGAGAUGUACGCUAACUUCAUGGCUCACCCAGACAUGUUCCUGAACAUCACCACGGGAACCACCCCAGAGGAGCGCAUCGUCCGAUUCGUGGAAUACUACCUGACCGCCUUUCACGAGGGGCGCAAGGGUGCCGUGGCCAAGAAACCCUACAACCCCAUCCUGGGAGAGAGUUUCAGGUGUUCCUGGGACGUCCCCCGAGAGAGAGUCCACCCACUGAGGACCAUGAGCUCUGUCCCUAACACUAACACGACACCCACUUCAAACCCCGCCCCUAACCCCGCCUCUUCCUCUAGAGGGCGGGGUGCUCAGACAGAGGACUGUUACCGGGUAAGGUUCGUGGCGGAGCAGGUGUCACACCACCCACCCGUCACUGGGUUCUACUGCGAGUGUAAAGAGAGGAACAUGUGCGUCAACACCCACGUCUGGACCCGAAGCAAGUUCAUGGGCAUGUCCAUCGGAGUGUCUAUGGUCGGGGAAGGUGUUCUACGUCUGUUGGAGCAUGAUGAGGAGUAUGUGUUCACUCUGCCCUGUGCCUACGCCCGCUCCAUUCUUACCGUACCCUGGGUGGAGCUGGGAGGGAAAGUCAACAUCAGUUGUGCCAAGAGUGGAUACUCUGCCACCGUUACCUUCCAUACUAAACCCUUCUAUGGAGGAAAGAUACACAGAGUGACAGCGGAGGUGAAGCACAACCCGACGGGGACCAUAGUGUGUAAGGCCCAAGGGGAAUGGAACGGUACCCUAGAGUUCACCUACAGCAGUGGAGAGACCAAGGUCAUCAACACCUCCAAGCUGCCUGUCAUCAGGAAGAAGAUACGCCCCUUGGAGAAACAGGGACACUACGAAUCACGGCGUCUGUGGCAGCAUGUCACCUCAGCUCUGAGAUCAGGAAACAUUGACUCUGCUACAGAGCACAAACACUGUCUGGAGGAGAGGCAGAGAGCAGAGGGCCGACAGAGAGCAGCCUCCAACACACCCUGGACACCCAAGUACUUCAUCAAGGAGGGCGAGGGCUGGGUGUAUCACAACCCCUUGUGGAAGACCCACUGACGAGGGGAGGGGCCUCGGGGGGGAGGGGCAACGUGCCAGCUGCCAAUCACAGCACAGAGAGCGGCCUGCUGGUGGUCACGGCAACACACAGGGGACCAGCUAGCCGGGCCACUAGAGACUAGAGGAAAUAUACAAGGGGCCUGUGUUCAAAAUGGAACCCUAUUCUCUAUAUAGCGGACAACUGCAGAAGGAGUGCACUAUAUAGGGAAUAGGGUGCUAAUUUCAGAUUUGCCCAAGGAUUGUCUUGGAUGAGGAGCUUGUGUCUCAGUCAUUCAAUAAGAAUGAGAGGUGCCAAAGACUCUCAGAGGGACAGGAACUACAGUCAAGACAGAAAAAGCUCACUGAGUUUCCCUGUCAGAAGCUGACCUGCUACCACACGAUACAGGAAACUCGGCGGCCAUUUUGGAGACGGACCGGGUCGAACCAGGAAGAGGUUGGUUAGGGACAGAAGAUGAGCGUGAUCGUUGGUGGUCAGAGAUAGCUGAACAAUUAUGUAGCUUUAAAAAAAUAUAUAUAGUAGAAUCUAAAUACCAGAAGAAUAUAUUACAUUCACAUGCUUCUUCCUUCACUUUCAAUUUGUUUGCACAGGUACUGUAGCUGUCUCCACUGUUAUUACCCAGUAGGCCACAGGAGGGGUUGUCCUUCCAGCUGUCCCCACUGUUAUUACCCAAUAGGCCACAGGAGGGGUUGUCCUUCCAGCUGUCCCCACUGUUAUUACCCAGUAGGCCACAGGAGGGGUUGUCCUUCCAGCUGUCUCCACUGUUAUUACCCAGUAGGCCACAGGAAGGGUUGUCCUU